AAAACACGUCUCCCAUUAGUCGUUACAAAACAACACUUUUGCUUUUGCUUUUGCUUUUUUCCUCAGUCUCUCUUCCUUUUUUUUCCCUUUGGAAAUCGUUCCCCUUUCUCUUCGCCUAUCUUUUUCUCUCUUUGGAAAUGGCAGCUUAAGAGGCUUCUCCCCAUCCCAUCCAUUCGGCACUUUCACAUCUCUCUCUCACACAUUCUCUACUGAAAGAGAAGAAGAGAAGAAGAUCGAAAUGACAGCGUUGCUAUGAAAAUUUCCGAGGAAUUUGCUUUUGUUUCCUUCACAGAAUGUCUUGAUUCCAGAAACUACGAUUCUUUCCUUCUGCUGGAGAGUUCAAAUUCACGCAUUUUGAUGAAUCAAAACAGAGAUUUUCUAUUCUCUUUUGCUCCUCUGGUUUAGGGUUUUCAGAGCAUUAUUUGCAUAUUAAUGAUGGUUUUCUAGGGUUUCUCUACUUCGAGCUGUUCUGGAGCUCCUCCUCCUCCAUUUUCUUCUUUUGCGGAGUAAUCGCUUCUUUUUUGAAAAUGUCGGAAGGUGGGAAUGUUCGAGUGGUUCGCUGCCCCAAGUGCGAGAAGCUUCUCCCAGAGCUCCCUGAUUACCCGGUCUAUCGCUGCGGCGGAUGCAAUGCGACUCUUCAAGCGAACAAUCAAAUGCCAGUGACAGAUGAGCUUUCCUUGGACGGAGAAAUGGUUAGAAUUCUUGAGAAUUCCGAGAGCUUCUCUGAAAAGAGAGGUAUUGUUUUAAAUGAUAGAGAGAGCGGUGUGGUCGAAUUUAAGGGAAAAGAGAGAGUCUUGCCAGAAAGAAUGGCGAAUUUGGAUGGUAGUUCGUCUUCUAGAACUAAAAAUGUGGAGGUUUUUCAUGAUCAUGGCGGUAGAUAUAGGCGUUCCUUGAAAGCUCCCAUUGAUUCUAAUUUGGAUGAAUUGAUUAGAACUAAUGCGGAUGAAAAUUGGGAAAUGGAAGCCGAGAUGGAAAAUGCGGCUGGGUUUCGGAAAUCCAGACAAAUGCACGACUGGCGGGCCACUGAGAGAGGUGGGCCAUUUCGAAGAACACCAAGAGCUGUGGGUGAAGGUGUGCGGUUUUCUCCCUACCCCGACGAAGGCCCGUCAAACUACCAUGCCAGUUCUGCUUAUGAGUAUGGUGAGGCAAUCAAGCAUCCGAAUCCUGAUGGGUCAGAGAGAGUUGAGCAUCUCGAACAAGAUCGAGCCAAGCUGCUGCGGAAGCUAGAUGAUCUGAGGGAUCAGCUUAGUAGAUCUUGUGACAUAUCGGAGGAACCAAAAGAAAGAGCUCCUCCUGCAAAUAGAAGGACAGCUCCUUUGACUUCUAAUGAUGGUCACAGUGCUUGGUUUGCUGAAGGCUCAGCCACAUCAAAUUGUCCUUCAUCUCAGCUCUUCCCACCCAACAACCGGAGACCACCAUACUUCAGCAAUGAACACGUUCCUUUGAUGAAUAGGCAUGAGAUGGCUAUGCAGAAUUCUUAUGCUCCAAUGCAUUUAGAGAAUGAAAUUCUGGGGUGUGGGGAUCUGCAUGGGCCUCAAAUGCCCAGGAGAGCGCCCCACCAACCCUGUCAGUACCCACAAAGACCGUCGAAUGGUUAUCUGUCUGGACAGUGCAUGGAUCCUGAUCCCGAUCCCUUCAUUUCAUACCAACAGAAUGCAUUUUACAACCAACCCCCUUGCUCGUGUUUGCGUUGCUACAACAACUACAACAAACACUGGCAAGUGCCUGCACAAGUUCCACCUGCUGUUUUCUGCAAUAGGCAGUUACCAAAUAAUGCAACUGGUCGGAUGCUCUACCACAUCGAUGGUCCUCGUAUGUUGGGUACAGGCAGUUAUAAUCGCAGAGGUGCUGAUGCUCCACUGUGUUCUCAUGAACCGCAGCCCCAUGUGAGAAGGCCAAGCAACCUCGAUUUGAAUAUGGGUGGUUUUAGGAGGUCAUGCCCACAGGGGGCUGUGCUCACAAAGGCAAACCUUCGCAGUUGCCUACCCAUUGCAGGUGGCGCUCCAUUCAUAACAUGCUAUAACUGCUUCAAAUUGCUGCAGCUACCCAAAAAUCUUUUGUCACUGGAGAAGUGUCAGCACACUCUGCGUUGCGGGGCGUGCUUCAAGGUGAUCUCUUUUGCGCUUGAUGGUAAGAAGCUUACUGUUUCCUUUCCAGCACAAACCAAGCACCGAUCAGUGGAUGUUGAUAAUGACUCUGGUGAUAUGGUAAGAAAAGGUUCAUACUCUCACAUGAACCAAGGAACUAUGGACUCUUACUCUGGUGAUUAUGAUAACAUCGCUUAUAACAACCAAUCUACAGAUACCAAGCCCGUUUCAUCUUCUGCUUUGCCUAUUGCUUGUAACAAUGCAAUGGGAAAGGAAUGCACACUGAACUUAAGCGAUUCCGAGAAAAUGCAAGGCCUCUCUUCAUCAUCCAGUUCUUUGGAGGAUGAUGAAAACCCUGACAGUAUGGUUAGCGAGAGGAAUGUGUCCAAAUCCAUGGAACUUCCUUUAAAGGUGGAUGUGGCUUCACCAACAUCAGGUGUACCCCUUCGUGAGCAUUUUGGUUGCUCCCCAAAUAAUCAAGUAGUGAGCAAGUUUCAAAAGGGAAGCAGGAGCAAGCGCUUGGAUCAAGCUACAAAAGGCACAUCCAGACAGAAUUCGGUGAAAGAUGCAUCAGUGGCAACAGAGAUGGAUUGCUCAUACAAUGAGUACUCAAACUCUGUUGUAUCUCCAGAUUUUGGCGAAGUUAAGAAAGAAGAAGAUCGAGCUAAGGUCAGCAAGGGUGGUGAAUCGUUUUUUGGUGGCCUCAUUAAGAAGAGCUUUAAAGAAUUUGUCAGGUCGAAUCAAUCAUUAGAGAACGGAAAAACUAAUGUUUCCAUAAAUGGCCAGCCUAUUCCAGAUCGUUUGGUUAAGAAGGCAGAAAAACAAGCGGGACCGAUCCAACCUGGACAGUAUUGGUAUGAUUACCGAGCUGGAUUCUGGGGUGUCAUGGGCCAGCAAUGUCUUGGCAUAAUUCCUCCAUUUAUUGAAGAAUUCAAUUAUCCUAUGCCGAAGAAAUGUUCUGGUGGAGAUACUGCUGUUUUCGUAAAUGGUAGAGAGCUCCAUCAGAAAGAUUUGGAUUUACUCGCUAGUAGAGGACUCCCGGUCACUAGAGAUAAAUCUUAUCUUGUUGAGAUUUCUGGUAGAUUGUUGGAUGAAGCCUCUGGUGAAGAGCUAGAUGGUCUGGGCAAACUUGCCCCGACAGUCGAGAAGGUGAAGCAUGGGUUCGGCAUGAGGGUUCUGACAGCAAUGACGUAAGUAAAUAGCUGGCAGUUGGGUGACAAAGAUACUAAAACAUUCUUAAUGGGAAGACUUCUUGAAGCUCUGCAAAUGAAGCAGGUAACUUCACCAAAUCUUCUUUGAAAAGCAUUCCACUGGCGUGCAGUAGUUAGUCAUGACAUUUCAUCGGAAAGUUCAAGGCAGUCUCACAUCCACAGCACGUUCCUGAUGUCAUAGAGUUGUUUCUUUUCUUAGUUCUGUGUUUUAUUUGUUGCAUGUAGUCUUAUUGUGAUAAUGCAAUGUCGAAAUCAUGCUCUUCUUAAAGUGUGUCCAUGGUAUUUCUUAUUUGAUCACUGCAAUGUAAAUUUCCUUAAUCUGUUAUUGGUAUUGUGUAUUUUGUGGAACCAAUGUCGGGAGGGGGGCUGUGUUUAGGUAGACCGGUUUUUAUCAGAAUGGUAGAAUGAUUGUCCUA